AUGGUCUCCCAAGAGCGGUCAUUGCCGUUCAUCAAGAACCUCGCCUCGAGCGACCGCAAACUCCGCGACCAGUCCCUGGCCUCCCUGCGCACCUUCCUCUCCGCCCGCCGCGCCUCCUCCGCCCUCACCCUGCUCGACGCCCUCAAGCUCUGGAAGGGCCUGUUCUACGCCCUCUGGAUGGCCGACCGCCCGGCCCCGCAGCAGGCCCUCUGCAACGACCUGGCGGGCCUGCUCGACCACUUUGACGAGGGCACCGCCGUGAGGGUCUGGCUCGCGGCCUUCUGGGCCACCAUGGCCCGCGAGUGGACGGGCAUCGACGUCCUGCGCAUGGAGAAGUUCCUGCUCCUCGUGCGCCGCGUCCUCGAGGCCGAGCUGCGGUACAUGCGGCGCGACGGCGGCGGCGAGCCGGCGUGGGACGCCGGCCGGGCGGACGAGGUGCUCGCCUCGCUGCGCGCGUGGCCGCUCUCGACGCGCGAGAACAUCAACGACGAGGACGCCGGCCUCGGCGUCGGCCCGGACGAGGCGGAGCUGCUGCCGCCGACGGUGCCCGCGGGCCUGAAGCUGCACGUGCUGGACGUCUGGGUCGACGAGGCGGACAAGGUCGGCCUGCUGGCCUCGGGCGACGCGCAGGCGGCCGAGAUCCUGCGGCGGAUCAACGGCGUCGUGGAGGACCUGCACCGGGGCACGACGACGACGUCGGUCAAAGUGCGGUCCCGCGAGGCCAUGGCCGACGAGCGCCUGCCCUGGAACGUCGGCGGGGGCGGGAUCGAGGGCCAUGGCGGGGAGGACGAGGACGAGGCGGAUGAUGCCGACUGGGAUGGCUUCAACGAUUGA